AUCCCUUGUCUGUAUCAUAAUACAAACCUUCCUGUUUUAUACAAAACCUCAAAUAAAUGUGGUACUUUCUUAGCGGGACAGCCUUUGGCGUGUUGUUACUUAAUACUUAAGUACCCCGCCCCCGCACCCCUUUGAGUGACGCAGUUGGGAGGGAGCUCCAAACGCAUCAUAGCGGGCAACAAAGCGUCUUGCCGUCCACGUUGAGCCUCACUCACAAUGCCCUUGUCUGGCUUUCCUCAGCCGCCGCGUCCGGCCGGGAGCUCUAUGCAUAUUCGGUCGCCCCUACCAGCUGGCGCGUCCAGCAGAUCUCUUCUCGAAUUCUUCUCGCGUGCCCUCGCGUCGUUUAAAAGCUCUGGCUCCAAGUUCCAAGUCAUUUGCACUGUGGCGCCGCCCACGUCCCAUGGCCCCUUACCAAAGCCAAUACCUCCUCGGACGAAGCCGCCUGCCCUGAUCGUGCUCGACUCGUCGUUUAACCCGCCGUCCCGAGCGCACUUGCGCAUGGCAACGUCGGCAAUAUACGAUCGGGUAAACUUGAAAGGGAGUGGGCAGGCCACGAGGGCAUCGCGGUUGCUACUGCUGCUUGCCAUCAACAACGCUGACAAAGCCCCCAAACCGGCCGCGUUCGAGCAGCGGUUGGCCAUGAUGUGGGCGUUUGCCGGGGACAUCCACAACGCCUUGCUAAGCGAGCAGCAAGGGGCCGAGGCAUCCGAUGGAUUAGCAGAGGUGGAGGAACAGGAGAGGCUUAGCAUCGACAUCGCCCUCUCAACACAGCCGUUCUUCCACGAGAAGUGCGCUGCAAUUGCCGAGUCCGCCUUCUACGAAACUAAUGGCGCGAGGGAGAUGGAGCAGACAGUUCUGGCGGGCUACGACACACUGAUCCGCAUUUUGAACCCGAAGUACUAUGGCCCGCCGGCUGAGGCAGGACAAGUGUCUAGCGGCGCAGUGAAAACGCCGAUGCAAAAAAUGCUCGACCCGUUCUUUGCCCGAGCAAAGCUGCGCGUCACGAUGCGGAUAGACGACGAGUGGGGCAGUAAAGACGUGCAAUUGUCGUACCUAGAAGAUCUGCUCAAUGCAGAUGGGCUGUCCAGGAUAGGCGGUAGUGCAGGGUGGGGGAGUCGGAUACAGCUUGUCGAGGGACGCAAGGACGGGGAAGAUAUCGUCAGUAGCACCUACGCGCGGGUCGCGGCAAAGGAGCGUGAUUGGAGCAUGCUGGAUAAGAUGGCCACUCAGGGAGUAAGGUGGUGGAUAGAAGAAGAGAAGCUUUAUACUGAGUGACUUUGCUGUGUCGUGUCGCGAAACAUCGGGUCUGCAUGGGCUGGUGGGAAACAAUGGAGGAAUUGGGGGCGAGCUUGUAUUACAUACCGUUCCCAACUGCUCUAAUUCUCGCAUAUAUCAAUUACUAUCCAGUGGCAGAAGAGGCGCCACGACGAGUCCAAUAUGCUGGCUGGUAAGUAACGGCGUUAUGGCA